AUGAGCAAUGUCUGGCCGGGGCAACAUACACCGUACAACAUGGAUUCAGCUUUCAUUCCACUUACUCAAACUGCAACAUGGGCCAACGAAACCGAGACUCCCGAACGCGAAGUAACAUUCUGCAUUGAAAUAUCAUCAUUAAAUAAGUACUAUAUUCCCCAGCCUUAUGACGCUUCAAUUAGUCUGUUCAUGGGCUUUUCUACAGGCCUUUAUUUAGCUGCUGGAGUCUUACAAUCAAAUUACAUUGAUUUUAAUUUGACGUCAGAAAAUCUUCUUCCUCUGAAGAAACUGAGAACCCUAAAUUUUGGAGGAACACCCAUUGUUGCUUGGACGACACCAAUCCCACCAUUACCUCUUCUCGUUAAUCUCUCACUCUCUGACUGCUCACUGACAAAACCCGGCCCGGCGCCCUUCGAAUUUCCAGCUUUGGAGAUUCUUGAUCUCAGUCAGAAUUAUAAUAUCUCAUUGUCUCAAAAUACAUUCACACAACUCCGUAAACUCAAGCAAUUAAUAUUAAGAGGUUGUGAACUAUCAAGUUGGCCGACAUUACCCCCAACCCAUUUCGCAACAAUUGAUCUGUCAGGAAAUAAUUUUACCACAUUAGUUAAUUUAGAAAAACAGGGAGUCACUGUAGAAGUACUGAACAUGUCUCAAAACAAAAUUUUCGAAUGGGAUGAUCCCGACGUGUUUCUGAUACACGCAAACAAUGAGAGGUUCUCAAAUUUGGAAAGCCAAUUUACAUCACUCAGGCUAGAGAAGAACCGCUUUGCCACCCCAGACGUGAAAUCGCAGAAGCAAGCGCCAAACCUGCACGGCAAAACGCACAGCAGCAGGCGUGCUACGUGGGUGCAGCAAGUGAACCUGUCGUUGAACAGCAUCUCUGCGUUCACCCCGGCUAUGCUGGAGUCGCUGAGCUCUUUGGCCGCGGUGGACCUGGGAGGCAACCACAUCGACUGCAGCGACUGUCGCACUCCGGCACUGCAGAGCUGGCUUCGGGCGGCUGGGUCGACAGUGAAGGUGCUGGUGCUGGGCGAGGAGGGGCCGCUGCGCUGCUUCCUGCCGGCGUCGCUGGAGGGCGCGCCGGUGGCGGCGGUGCAGUUCGACGCCAGCGCCUGCAGGGACCCCACGGUGCGCCUGCGCUGGGCGCUGGGCCUGCCGCUCAGCGUGGCGUUGAGCGCCCUUCUGCUGUUCGGCGCCCUCGGCUUCUGCUACCGAACGGAGGUGGCUUACUUGGUGCACUUGGCCAGGGUUCGCGCGUCCGCCAGGCGGCCUGCCGACCUCGGCCGAUGCGCCUACGACGCCUUCGUCUGCUACAGAUGCAUUUCCAAGAUCAUCUUCACAACAUUCGUAUAUUUGUUGUGGGUGUUUCAGAUUCUUUGUCAUCUUGGCUUCUUCUUCGAAGUGUCUCGAGUACAUACGAUCUCGUGGGUGACCAAUGGCCACAAAGUCGAAUUUCCUCUUGGGACUGUGUACUAUAUUCAAACUCUUCCGGUUGGCAUGGAUGGAGUAUCUGCCAACUCUAAGUUGUCAAGAGACUCGUUCAAGCACUUUGGUGUCAUUGCCUCAACCGUGUCAGUUUUACGAUAAUAUAGUCACGUGCAUAAACAAUGUCUGGCCGAAGCAAAAACACUUUAAGGCGGAUAGCAUGGAUUCAAUUUUCAAUGUGUUUACUCAAACUGAAACAUGGGAGAACGAAACCCAACUGCCUGAACGGGAAGUAACAUUCUGCAUUGAAAUAGUAUCGUUGGAAAAAAGCCGCAUCCCCCAGAUAUUUCAGGAUUCCAUUAGACAGUACAUGAGUUUUUCUACUGGUCGUACUUUAGCAGUUGGAGUGAUUACUAUGACAGAAAAUUGUUGGUAUAUAGAAAAAUACUGUAAUGUGGAAAUAAAACUGCGAGAUGACAUCCUGGAUCUUCCCUUUGCAAAUGAGACGCCAAACUACGAAGAGUUUUGGAAUUUCACCUCCCCACUCUUCCGCCCAGAACUCCGAUGGCUGCAAGAACUCAGAGUGGAUAACAUCGAAAUUACCAAAUUUUCUCCACACCCAAGCAACGCAUCGGGAUCAUCACUCCAGCUGCUAUCAGUUCGCGGACAUAUUGAUUUUUUCCUCUACAAUUUUACUUUGAAUAUUACAAACAUGCCUUGGCUUCGACACCUUGAUAUUUCUAGUGGAAAUAUACGGCGCGUUUCUCCAGGUACAGAGCACAUGAUUUACCAAAAUUACUCUAGUUAUCACCUAAACGAUGAUAUUAAAACUUCUAUGCUAUCACACCCCUAUUAUCCUUUUUGGCAAAAGCACUUUUCGAUGACUAACAAUAUAUUUUCAGAUGGUAAAUUAACCCAAGUACCUUUAACAAUCCUUAAUGAUUUUUUCAUUAAAUUUUCACACAAUGUUUCUUUUUCUAUUUUCACCGUUGUGCUUUGAAUUCCCUCAAUAAAACACACUUCUCGUCGGUUUAAACAAACUUCCUAUAUUUCCAGAAUCUGCUCUUUUAUGUUUAAAUAAUAAAAAUAAAGUGACUUAUAAUAUUAAUGUCAAAAUAAGAAAAUAUUUUUCAGAGAAAUUAAAUAUAAUUAGUUGGUAAUUUUUAACCAGUUUUCAACCAAUAUAUUUCUGAGAAAUGUGGGUAAAAUUUUGUAUUUAUUUGAAAAUGUUUUUUUUUUUCUAUUUCAAAUAUAACUUUAUAAUCCAGAACAAAUUCUAGUAAAUGUAUAUACGACAGUAUAUUGAUAUGUUUGUAUUAAUUAUUAAUAAUAUAGAGUGUUGUUAAAAUAUACACUGCAAUAUGUUUCACACUAAAUAUGUUUCAGAUUCUUUCACUGGAUGUCCAUUAAUUGAAUACCUGGAUCUAUCAGGAAAUAGGCUUUCAGAAAUACCACCCGCCGUAAAACGGUUGAAAUAUUUAGAAUGUUUUCAGUUACAAUCAAAUUACAUUGACUUUAAUUUGACGUCAGAAAAUCUUCUUCCUCUAAAGAAACUGAGAACCCUAAGUUUUGGAGGAACACCCAUUGUUGCUUGGACGACACCAAUCCCACCAUUACCUCUUCUCGUUAGUCUCACACUCUCUGACUGCUCACUGACAAAACCCGGCCCAGCGCCCUUCGAAUUUCCAGCUUUGGAGAUUCUUGAUCUCAGUCAGAAUUAUAAUAUCUCAUUGUCUCAAAACACAUUCACACAACUCCGUAAACUCAAGCAAUUAAUAUUAAGAGGUUGUGAACUAUCAAGUUGGCCGACAUUACCCCCAACCCAUUUCGCAACAAUUGAUCUGUCAGGAAAUAAUUUUACCACAUUAGUUAAUUUAGAAGAACAGGGAGUCACUGUAGAAGUACUGAACAUGUCUCAAAACAAAAUUUUCGAAUGGGAUGAUCCAGACGUGUUUCUGAUACACGGAAACAAUGAGUUCUCAAAUUUGGAUAGCCAGUUUACAUCACUCAGGCUAGAGAAGAACCGCUUUGCCACACCAGACGUGAAAUCGCAGAAGCAAGCGCCAAACCUGCACGGCAAAACGCACAGCAGCAGGCGUGCUACGUGGGUGCAGCAAGUGAACCUGUCGUUGAACAGCAUCUCUGCGUUCACCCCGGCUAUGCUGGAGUCGCUGAGCUCUUUGGCCGCGGUGGACCUGGGAGGCAACCACAUCGACUGCAGCGACUGUCGCACUCCGGCACUGCAGAGCUGGCUUCGGGCGGCUGGGUCGACAGUGAAGGUGCUGGUGCUGGGCGAGGAGGGGCCGCUGCGCUGCUUCCUGCCGGCGUCGCUGGAGGGCGCGCCGGUGGCGGCGGUGCAGUUCGACGCCAGCGCCUGCAGGGACCCCACGGUGCGCCUGCGCUGGGCGCUGGGCCUGCCGCUCAGCGUGGCGCUGAGCGCCCUUCUGCUGUGUGGCGCCCUCGGCUUCUGCUACCGCACGGAGGUGGCUUACUUGGUGCACUUGGCCAGGGUUCGCGCGUCCGCCAGGCGGCCUGCCGACCUCGGCCGAUGCGCCUACGACGCCUUCGUCUGCUACAGUGGUAAGAACCGGAAGUGGGUGAUGCGUCGAC